AACAGCUAAUUUCUUGGUGAAUAAGUCAUGGAUGGGGCAGAGAGGAACUGUCAAUAGAGGGCUCCAAGUAAGACUAGGCACUUCUCCAGAGCCAGGGAUGAACUGAAUUCACUAUGAACAAAGCAGCAGGGCAAGUGAAGGGGAUGGAUUCAUUUUCCAAAAGCUAAGAAGGAAUUCUUGUAAAUCCUUUUUUUCUCCCUACUUCAGGCCACGUGGACGUCCUAGAGAAGAACGAAAUUUCUGAAAGCCUAUCUGAGGAAGGUAAAGAGAAGUGAGAGGGUGGCCGGGUGUAAAUACCCUCCCACGACUUCAGUGGGACUUGUUCUCCAGCUUCUAGACUGGGGUGUUCCUGACGCGCGCCGACGCAACCCUGUUCUCAACCACAGCCCGGAACAAAGACCCAAAGAGCUAAGCCGACAGCGGCCUCUACCCCGAGCUACGGUCUAAGAGUGAGGUUCCUGUCCCCCAGGAGACAAAUGAGAGUUUGCCAAAACUCUGGGGACUCCAACAGAGGAAAAAGGUCUCAGGGACCCCGCAGUGGAUAUUUCGGGUUGAGGGCGUGUGCUCAGAAUCCGGGUCUACCUCGCACCAGAUGGGAGACCUCAGGAAGACUGCUCGGCAUCUCUCAGCUUCGCUCCCUCCAUGGGCCUCAACGGAGUUAAAAGGGCACGUGAGCUGGACGAGACCACGCCUGCCGGUCGCUCACGGAACACGGGACGAAGGUGUGCCACACUGCAGCUGGAGAACCCCGACCUCACCGCCCCACUGCCGCUGACCCUUGCCAAUCCCAGAAGCCAAACCGAACCUCCUCUUGAUGCGUCAUUUCCGCCGGUCGGGAGGCGGGCCGGCACCGGAUGCGGAAGUCACUGCAGGACUACACUGGGGAGUGUAGUCUUUGAGGCGGAAGCGUUAGAGAAGCGGUCACGGCAGGGCGAGAAGCUUCACCCGGGACCCUGUACAUGUUUUGUAAACGUGAUCUUAAGAAAAAAAAUACCGGGGAUCCAGGUGCCACGGUGGUCAUUCUCUAAUGACCAGGGCACGUUACCCAGAAACGGCUCCCUGGGAGGCCAAUGGGAGCUGUGGGCAGCCAGUGCCCGUCUGGUUGCGCGGAGCAUCCUGGGAGGUGUGGUCCCGGCGCCACGCCGAGGAUGCUGGAUAGUGUAGUCCCGGCACCCUACAGAAGUAGGUCCCCAGCUGGUGGCUGGAGUGACCCCUUGUUCUUUGGUGGCGCUGGUGAGUGAGGCUCCCGCGGGACUCUUGCAGCAACUGUGCCCUUCCUGGCGCAGCAAGCCCCUGCCUGCCCAGAGAGAUCUGCCUGGUAGGCAAAGAGAGGACUCCCAGGCUCCUGACAGUCCAGCUUCAGAUCUGCCUUCUGAGAUAUCCUUCUUUAGGGAUACCAGGGAAAAUGGCCUCAGGGUCCCGGAAAGCCAGGGUAAUGGCACACAUGGCAUUCAGAGAUGUGGCUGUGGAUUUCAGCCAGGAAGAGUGGAUGCUGCUGAGCCCCGCUCAGAGAUCCCUGUACAGGGAGGUGAUGCUGGAGAACUACAGCAACCUGGUCUCCCUGGGAAUUCCGUUUUCUAAGCCAAAACUUAUCACCCAGCUGGAGCAAGGGAAGGAAACCUGGAGAGAGGAGAGAACAUGCCCACCAGCCACCCGUCCAGCGGAACCAAAGCCAGAACUCCACCUCUGUCCUUUCUGCCCUUCGGAUUUUUCCAGUCAGAAAGACCACGUGCAGCACAUGCUGUGUAAUCAUCCCCCCUGGGUCUUCACAUGCCUGUGUGCAGAGGCUCCUGUCGAACCGGGGGAUCCGUGCCCAGGGGACCAGAAGCAGCAGCAACAGGCCUCUGAUCGAGAGCCCUGGAGGGAUAAAGCAGAAGGUCGAGAGAGAGAAGGCGCCAAGCCUUUGUUUGGCAAGACAAAGAAGAGGACCUCGGGGGCAUUCUCUAGGCCACCCCAAAGGCAGCCGGUCAGCUCCCGGAGUGGCCUCAGAGGCGUGGAAAUAGAGUCCAGCCCCGCCCCGACGGGGAACCCUGAGGAAGCAGACAGACUAUUGAAGAGGAUAGAAGUCUUAGGAUUUGGAACAGUCAACUGUAGAGAGUGUGGACUGGGCUUCAGCAAGAUGACAAACCUACUCAGUCACCAGAGGAUUCACUCCGGGGAGAAGCCGUACGUGUGUGGGGUGUGUGAGAAGGGCUUCAGUCUGAAGAAGAGCCUUGCCAGGCACCAGAAGGCCCACUCGGGGGAGAAACCGAUUGUGUGCAGGGAGUGCGGCCGCGGAUUUAACCGGAAGUCAACGCUUAUCAUACACGAGAGGACACACUCAGGCGAGAAGCCGUAUAUGUGCAGUGAGUGUGGGCGAGGCUUUAGUCAGAAGUCAAACCUCAUCAUACACCGGAGAACACACUCGGGGGAGAAGCCCUACGUGUGCCGGGAGUGUGGGAAAGGCUUCAGCCAGAAGUCUGCUGUCGUCAGGCACCAGAGGACACACUUAGAGGAGAAGACCAUCGUGUGCGGUGACUGCGGACUGGGCUUCAGUGACCGCUCGAACCUCAUCUCACACCAGAGGACACACUCCGGGGAGAAGCCCUACGCCUGCAAGGAGUGCGGGCGCUGCUUUAGGCAGAGGACGACCCUGGUCAACCACCAGAGGACACACUCCAAAGAGAAGCCUUACGUGUGCGGAGUGUGUGGGCACAGCUUUAGCCAGAAUUCAACUCUCAUCUCACACAGGCGCACACACACUGGGGAGAAGCCUUACGUGUGCGGGGUGUGUGGGCGUGGCUUUAGCCUGAAGUCACACCUCAACAGACACCAGAACAUACACUCAGGGGAUAAGCCCAUCGUGUGCAAGGAUUGUGGGCGAGGCUUCAGCCAGCAGUCAAAUCUCAUCAGACACCAGAGGACACACUCAGGGGAAAAGCCCAUGGUGUGUGAGGAGUGCGGGCGAGGCUUCAGCCAGAAGUCGAACCUUGUUGCCCACCAGAGGACACACUCAGGGGAAAAGCCGUACGUGUGCAGGGAGUGUGGGCGAGGCUUCAGUCACCAGGCAGGUCUCAUCAGGCACAAGAGGAAGCACUCGAGGGAGAAGCCUUACAUGUGCAGACAGUGUGGACUAGGCUUUAGCAACAAGUCAGCUUUAAUCACACACAAACGGGUACAUUCAGAAGAGAAGCCGUGUGUGUGCAGAGAGUGUGGCCAAGGCUUUAUCCAGAAGUCACACCUCCUCUUACAUCAGAUGACACACCAGGGGGAGAAGCCUUACGUGUGCAAGAUGUGCGGCCAAGGCUUCAGCCAGAAGUCCCACCUCAGCAGACACAGGAGGAUGAAAUCUGUCCACUACAAACCUCCACUCCAGCCUGACUCUGAGGCCUGUGCAGGACAAUCUCCUGACCUCUUACACGGUCUUUGAGAGCGAAGGUAGUGGUACGGACUAAGUCAUCAAAACUGUUACACUUUCAUGAAAUGGGGUAGAGAAGUGCAUUCCGGGAGUGGUCAGAGGACAUUUGACUUAGUUCACUUUCUCCACACUAAGUCUUCAUGUUUUGUGGCCUUUUGUUCUAAUAAACAUUGCUUCUUUACAAAUCGGUAACCUUGACUAUAUACCUCAUUCACUCAUCUGUAAAGAUAGGGGACAAGGAGUGGUACAGAUAGCCUGAACUCCUAAGUCCACUCUUCCACAAGAAUUCAAUUCCUUGGAAGACAGGAACUGAGUCACUAGAAUAUUUACUAGAAAGUCUGGUCCUUGGUAGAGGGGGGAGAUCGAGGAACUGUAUUCAGGGAUUUCAGGUGAGGGGAGGGAAUCUUCCAGGUGUCUUCCAGAAAACAUGGCUUCCUCUAGCAGGUCCACUUUGAUCUGCAACUACCCUUUUCCCUUGACUUCUGUGACAGCCCCCUUUCUCGCUUCUCUCCUCCUAGCUCUCAAAU